GUGGCGUUUAGGCCGAGCUGCGGUUCUCAGGAGCGAAGCCGUGGCCAUGAAGGAGGAGAAGGAUCACAGGCCUAAAGAGAAACGAGUAACCCUGUUGACUCCCCCGGGGGCCACGGGCAGCAGCGGUGGAGCUUCGGGGGACAGCGCCAAAGGGGAAGAUAAGCAGGAUCGAAAUAAGGAGAAGAAGGAGGCGCUGAGCAAGGUGGUCAUUCGGAGAUUACCUCCCACUUUGACCAAGGAGCAGCUUCAGGAACAUCUUCAGCCUAUGCCGGAGCAUGAUUAUUUUGAGUUUUUUUCUAAUGAUACUAGUCUGUAUCCUCAUAUGUAUGCCAGAGCAUACAUCAACUUUAAAAACCAAGAGGACAUUAUUUUGUUCAGGGAUCGCUUUGAUGGUUAUGUAUUCCUUGACAAUAAAGGUCAGGAAUAUCCUGCCAUAGUAGAAUUUGCACCUUUUCAAAAAGCUGCAAAAAAGAAGACUAAGAAAAGAGAUACCAAAGUUGGGACUAUCGAUGAUGAUCCAGAAUAUAGGAAAUUUUUGGAAAGUUAUGCUGCAGAUAAUGAGAAAAUGACAUCUACUCCAGAGACACUGCUAGAGGAAAUAGAAGCAAAAAAUAGAGAAUUAAUAGCUAAAAAGACAACCCCACUUUUGAGCUUCCUGAAAAACAAGCAGAGAAUGAGAGAAGAAAAAAGAGAAGAAAGAAGGAGGCGAGAAAUAGAAAGAAAAAGACAAAGAGAAGAAGAGAGGAGGAAGUGGAAGGAAGAAGAAAAACGAAAAAGGAAAGAUAUAGAAAAGCUAAAGAAGAUAGACAGAGUUCCAGAAAGGGACAAAUUAAAGGACGAACCAAAGAUAAAGGUACACAGGUUUCUGUUACAAGCUGUGAAUCAGAAAAAUCUACUCAAGAAGCCAGAAAAGGGAGAUGAAAAAGAAUUAGACAAAAGAGAAAAAGCCAAGAAACUAGACAAAGAGAAUCUGAAUGAUGAAAGAGCCAGCGGGCAAAGUUAUACAUUGCCCAAGCGCUCUGACGGCGAGCCUAAAGACGAAAAGCCUAAGAGGCCCGAAGACGAGGGCGGCCGAGACUACCGGGAGCGGGAGCGGGAGCGGGACUACGAGCGGGACCAAGAGCGCCUCCUGCGGGAGAGGGAGAGGCUGAAGCGGCAGGAAGAGGAGCGCCGCAGGCAGAAGGAGCGUUAUGAGAAGGAGAAGGCUUUUAAGAGGAAGGAAGAGGAAAUGAAAAAAGAGAAAGAAGCGGUUCGGGACAAAGGAAAGAAGCCGGAAAGUACCGAAUCCGUAGGCAGCUCCGAAAAAACUGAAAAGAAAGAGGAAGUGGUUAAGAGAGAUCGCAUAAGAAACAAGGAUCGCCCGGCAAUGCAGCUUUACCAGCCAGGAGCUCGAAGCCGAAACCGACUCUGUCCGCCUGAUGACGGCACCAAGUCUGGAGAUGCGGCGCUAGAAAAGAAGCAGGAAAGUGGUAUUAGCCAUAGGAAAGAAGGAGGAGAGGAGUGA